AUGUCGUUCCCAGUCGUCUCUCAGCUCUAUUUCCUCGUCGGAGUGACGCUUUCCCUCGCUCUUGCGGCCGCACUUCGACGUUCUCGAAGGACUCUCAAGACCAUCCGCGGUCCUGAACGCUCAUCCUUUUGGUUGGGUAAUCAGGGCGAUAUACGAUACCAGGAAGAAACGGGCGAUGUCGAGUCUCCAUGGCUACACGAGUAUGGGGGAGCAUGGAAGGUUCAUGGACCACUCGGAGGAGAGCAUCUCAUGCUCGCAGAUCCCAAAGCGCUGCAAUACGUUCUACAGACGUCUGGUUAUCGUUUCCCCAAACGCGAAGAUGCUAGAGCCGACAUACGGAUGCUCUUCGGAGAGGGGAUCGUCUGGGCUGAUGGCGAUCAACACCAACGACAAAGAAAGAUCAUGAACCCCGCAUUCUCUGUGCCGCAGCUCAAGUCCUUCAUCCCCCUCUUCUUGCGUUACGCGAACAAGGUCGUUCAGAAAUGGAAAGACGAAGAGAUUGCUUCGGCACCUGGUGGCGAAGCCAUGUUCAAUGUGCACAAAUGGCUGUCGCGGACGACGCUCGAUAUUAUAGGGGAUGCGGGCUUUGGCUUUGAGUUCGGAUCGCUGGACGGCAAAAGCAGCGAAUUGUCGAGUGUUUACGACAACCUUUUCAUCGACUCUACGCUGUACCCGCAUCGCUGGAACAUCGUCUUCCGUUCCUUCUGGAAGUAUUUCCCCUCGGACGCCUUGUGGUUCUUGCGCUAUCUGCCUGGUCGCGAGUAUCGUCGCUUCCGGCAUUACUUGGACUUCAUGCGCGUCUAUGGACGUAAGAUGAUCAAUCAGACCCAAGUUGACACCAAGGGGGCUGGGAAGGAUAUCAUGAGUGUAUUGCUGCGCGCGAAUGAGUCAGAAGAGUCGAGAUUGAAGCUGAGCGACAGCGAGGUUGUCGACCAGAUUUCUGUGCUCCUUUUAGCAGGUCAUGACACAACCGCACUGUCUCUCACCUGGUGGCUUUGGGAGCUGAGCAAACAUCCGGAGUGGCAAUCUCGCGUUCGCGAGGAGGUGCGCGCCGUGCGCCGCAACUUGACUGAGCGUGGCGACGGCGAGUUCUCCAUCGGCGACCUCGAGGGCAUGUCGGUCAUGCAUGCCACGCUGAAGGAGGCUGUCAGACUGAACCCCAUCGUGUGGGGUCUCGUUCGCGUCGCAGGACAAGACGACGUGAUACCAUUAUUAACACCUAUCACGACCACAUCGGGCCAACAGAUUUCGACCAUUCCCAUCCGUAAAGGGCAGAACAUCGACAUAUCCAUCGCCAUGUACAAUCGUAACCCGGUCGUGUGGGGAGAGGACGCCGAUAUCUGGAACCCGGAAAGGUUCAUGAACAUCAAUAAGGCUAGUCAAACGUCGGUAGGGGUUUACGCCAAUCUUCUCACCUUCUCUGCCGGAGUCCGCAGCUGUAUAGGCUGGCGUUUCUCGGUACUCGAGAUGCAGGCCAUCGCUGCGACGCUCAUCGAGAACUUCGAAUUCAACCUCCCGCCUCAGACCGAGGAUAACCUCAUCAGGCGCAGACCAUCUGGGCUUAUGGCGCCCAUGGCGGAUGGCCAUCCCGGUAUCUGGAUGGGAUUGAAGGUCAAGCAGUGCGAGGAGUCUUGA